UAUAUGGAGAGCGCCGCAAUUGCGAGAUAUUGCGCUAACAACACUUCAUUUGCCGAUAAAACCCCAAAAGCUCCACACACUCGACACGGCUCCACGCUCUGCGGCGUCACAGAGUUUUUUACUGAAACGAGCGCAGCACCGCACAUUCCAGGCCAGUCCAACUGAAAUCUGGAUGAAAUUUAUUUCCCCCCUUUUAGCAGAGACAACAAAUUAAUCAAAACAUUUGACAAAUAAACCAAUUCCCCAUUCUUUUUGACACCAAAAAACAAAAGAAGAAAGACACAAGAGACAAUCGGAGAUAUAAUCAAAAAUAAAAUAACAAAAGCAAAUAAAAAGACGACAAAAUGUGCCGCUGCUGUCAAAAUUGUUGGGAAGAUUUCUACUGGAACUGCUUCGAGGAGCGCUUUUGCUACGAUGAAUCAAUUGCCAAUUACAAUCCCGAAGACGACGAGGACUAUUUGGCAGCUCAAAAGAAUGGCCAAAUCAUUGGACGCAUACAGCCAGCAACGGCGGACAAUAAUAAUUCGUUGACUGUGCCACAGCAACCGAUUUGCGAUCAGCCGCAAAUGCGGCAAAACAGCUCCGGUCUGGGCCUGAGUCUAAUGAGUUCCAAGAUGCAUGAGGAGGACUAUCGUCGCGAGACGCAAAUAAAUGUACCCACACUGGGUCCCGAGAUAUUGGCAGUGUUUGCCAAUUCGCAGAUCUUCCAAGAUCAUCAGCCCACAAAGUUGAAUCGCAUCAGCACAAAGACUUACUUGGCUGGCAUACAUUCGCCCAAUCGGGAGAUGCCCACAACGCCGCGUGUCAGCGAUCAGGAUCGCUUGCUGCGUCGCCUGGAAGGCGAUGCUACAGAUGCAAAGACAUCACCCGAGAAACGAAUCACAUUCACUUUGGCCCCAUCCUCGGCUGACUGCUCGCCCGAGGGCAGUCAGACCUUGUCGCCCAAGAAGUUCGAGGCCAUUGCCGAGGAGGAGAAGGAAGAGGACGAAAAGGAAGAAGAGGAUUCCAUAGAGGAGGUGGUCCUACGUCCGCGUCUUAUUGAUCGACAUCCCCAUCUAUUGCCCAAUCCCAGUACACCGAAGCGUAUCCUGCGCUCGGCCAAGAGUGUGCCGCACAUGCAUGUGAGAUCGGCGGCCAGUGAGACGGAUAUAUUCUCGAUCAGCGGCACUGUGAACAGCAGUCAAAUCAGCAUGACACCGGAGGUGCCCUUCAUUUCGUUCAGCAAUCUGCCCAAGAACUACGAGGACACACCGACUAUCGAGAAGUACCGCGUGUCGCAGAGCCUGUACUCCAUUCAGACGGCAAAUGCGGCGAGGGCCACACAGGAUGAUUACUCGAUGCCGCGUUACUUCCGUCGCUCCGCAAUGCUCAUGACACAGAGCUCCGAAGUGCUGCCGGGCAGCUCGUUGGCUUCCAUGACACCAUCAGCCACGUCUUCCACGUCCCCGGGGUCCUCCAACAACGAGCUGCGUCGUCCGGAGAAGGAGAAGAGCAAGCGCCUGCAAAUGCUGCGCGGAAAUCUACCGCCACUACUCAUCCAUUCCGUUUCGUUCAAGCGAAAUCGUGAUGAGGGCAAGCAAGUGGAUUAAUUAUCCCAACUAAUUAUACUCGCAAAAAUAUAAAAUAUUGUUAAUCUGUGUUUCUGUACUUAUUUGUUGCAUCUAUCGUAGUUUGUAGACUCCUGCGUAAGGGAUUACUUCAUGUAUGUACUUAAUGUAUUGUUUUUAAAAGCUAUAACCUUUGUCCACUCUCACUCAGUAUUCGGUUAUGUACUUUGUACUUCAUUAUGCAUGUAUGAUUGAUAUUA